UGUUGUAUUCACUAUAGUGUGUUCACUGUGUCUACAGUGUGCGGAAAUGGCCAACGAGAACCGGAAGUACGGGUAUAGCUGUAGCACGUGUGUGUAUGUGUUAUAUAGAGAAACAGCAGUUGUUCAGAGUUAAGUAUUAGUCAAGUUUCUGUCUUUAUUUUACGGUUGUAAAUAUGACCAAGACAAAGAAAGAGAAAAGUGCUACUGAGGAGGAGAGCGGAGGGACUGAGAAAUCCUACCAGGAGUUACUAGCUAACAUCAACCCCAUCGCUAAUCCCCUGGCCUCACGCAAACUAAGCAAGAAGCUGUACAAAUGCGUCAAAAAAGCGGCCAAACAUAAACAGAUUCGCCGAGGAGUCAAAGAAGUACAAAAGUUCAUCAACAAAGGCGAAAAGGGGAUCGUGGUACUUGCUGGAGAUACGCUUCCUAUCGAUGUGUACUGCCACUUACCAGUCAUGUGCGAAGACAAAAAUAUGCCCUAUGCCUACAUUCCAUCUAAAGUGGACUUAGGAGCCUCAGCUGGUUCGAAAAGGCCCACUUGCGUGAUCAUGAUCAAACCACACGAAGAAUACAAGGAGGCAUAUGAUGAGUGUCUGGAAGAAGUUUCUGCCCUGCCCAAACCUUUAUGAGUGCUUUUGACACGGCUCUUGUAGUGUGUGAACACGCACGCUGUAUGUGACUUAGAAAUCAAUAUUGAGUUGGUGGGUUAUUUAGAAGUUGUACCACCUAAUUCACUUCUUCAGAGUUUCAUCGACUAUUGAAGGUUGUUGAUUCAGAGUGCGGCAUCAGGAAUUCUGAUAUGAACAGCAGAAAUAGUGGCCAAUUCAUUUGAAUGUUUCAUUUGAAACAUGGACUGUAUUUCUGUUUAGCCUGUGCGCUUGUGUUAAGAGUGUUCAUUCUGUCACUUAUUUCCCCUUUUUUUGUAUUACUGCUUUUAGUUCUAAGAUUAUCUUAAUACGAUGACAUGACUUUUGGGCCUGAUGUCUUUUGAGAACCUGCACUGUAGGAAAAUCUUUAAAUCAGUACAAAUGCCUGUGUAUUUUUCUUAAUGCACAUGAAUAAACUUGCAGUCUGGUGCAAAAAAAUGGCCCAAUGUUAUUCCACAAGUGUGUUCAUUCUGAGUUAGGGCCCACUUCAUGUCAAUACAUCUAAUACAGCUUCUUGACAGGUUAUCAAUCAUCUGUGUGUGAGGUUAUUAAAACUAAAUGCAACAAACUGCUA